ACGACGUCGUUUCGUGCAACUAUGAACUGAAGUGUCAUCACUCUCAUUAUAAAACCGUAUGAACCGGUUUUUAUUUCUAAAAUCUAAUUUUGACUGAUACAUCAAUAUUGGAAUAGAAAAUGGCGUCAUCUGCGAUCUUGCUGGGUCUAGGUAUGGCAGCUGUUGGAGUUGCUGGCCGUGCUUAUUUGAAGUAUGGAAAACAUGCUCAAAGCCAUCUAAAGAAAACGCUUGAUUCAAUUCCAAAUGGGUCAUUCAGUAAAUACUAUAAGGGAGGAUUUGAUCCAAAAAUGAAUAAACGAGAGGCUGGCCUUAUCCUUGGUAUCAGCCCAAAUGCUAGCAGGGCAAAGGUGAAAGAAGCUCACAAGAGGAUCAUGCUUCUGAAUCAUCCAGAUCGAGGUGGAUCACCCUAUAUAGCAGCCAAAAUAAAUGAGGCCAAGGACUUCAUAGAUGCAAAUUUAAAGAAAUGAGACAUUUCAAAUGAAAAGUGUUUCAACUGACAGACAAGGAAUUGGAAGUUUUUCCCCAUCAUUCAUUUUUUCAAAACACUGAAAUCACAUAUCUAUCAUUGACAAUUUUCUUGGGAAAAGUUAAAUCCAGUUUGAUACAAAAAAACCAGCAUAACCAAUAAUGAACAACCAUAUGCAUCCCCUGGAUAAGCUGACAGCUACAAUGCUGGUAUUUCUUGGUGAUACAGAAAUCAUUAUUGCUUUUUUAUCACUACUUUCUAUGAAGGUAGUGGUUGGUUGUGCCUCAACAUCAAAUGACAUUGACUGUGAAAAUCAUGGACAUAGAAGCUGGAAGUGAUAAUUUGUUGAUUCUGUAUAGUAUUGUGUGCAAGGUUUGUGUGUGGAGAAGAGGAAAGGGAUAGUUGUGUGUAUAAAAGGCUGUGCAACCAAAUGUUCCAGACCACUCAGAGUCAUGCCUUGUAAAAGCAAUGGACAGACACUAGUAUACUGUAUCUUUCAUUUCUUUAUCAACAAACAAUUUUUGUUGAUAUUGGUUUUUCUUGGUAAUUGGUUAUAAAUUAAUUACCAGCUGAUGUGAAAGCCAUCUCCUUGUCAGUGCGAAUAAUAUCAAAGGGAAUCGUGUAUUUUGUGUCUUUGACUUACAACUAGACGUCCGAGUGUUGAAGAAAGAUGUUAGGUGUCGUUCGAAUAAAUACAACUAUUUUCUCGAUGUUUAACAUCUAGAUUUGAUAUUAAGUUUGUGAAAUAAAAAAAAGAGUAAUUUA